UCAGUUUAUUUUUCAACCGGCCAUCGAACGGUGCACCCAAAAUGAAGACGUUGAUUCUCGGUUAUUUGCUUGGAUCAUUCCUAGCCUUCUGCGGCAGUACGGAUAGUCCAAUUCGUGAAAUAGCUGCUGUAUCAGACGAGGAACCGGUUCAUGAUUCCGGCAUUCGCGCCAUCGAUACCUCGUACUUCCUGCCGCGAAACAACACCAUUCCGUACAAUUACUUCAUCCAUCUGACAACGCACGUGCACAACAAUGAUCCCAUCUUCCAGGGAACUGCAGAGAUCUACAUCCAGGUCAUCGAACCUACCCAGGAAAUCACAAUGCAUCUGCAGGAGCUUGUCAUUCAAUCUACGGAGUUGUCUCGAAUCCCUGAAAGCAUGGGAGUUCCAGUAAAGGUUGACACCCCCUUAUACAGCAUCGAUACCAGAACGGAACUUGUGACCUUCACCAGUCAAGCCCCUUUACCGGUGGGCAAGUACAUCCUGAAAGUAGUCUACACCGGAACGAUGAGACGCUACCAAAGUGGAUACUUCAUCUCUUCGUACAGAGAUGACUCCGGCAAGGUUCACUACGUGGGAUCAUCUCACUUCCAAGCGACUCUUGCUCGGCGCGUGUUCCCAUGCUUCGAUGAACCGGAUCUGAAGGCUACAUUCACCCUCUGGAUUACUCAUCACGAAUCGUAUAAUGCAGUUUCCAAUACGAACGUCAACUCUAUCUAUGCGGACAUCGAAAAUCCCAAUUAUCGGGUAACUCAGUUCCAGACGACACCGAAGAUGUCCACGUAUCUGUUGGCAUUCGCAGUGACGGAUUUCGUUACGAAGGUUGACGGUAGGCAGCAGGUUAUGGUGCGCCCUGACGGACUGGGGCAAGUCGACGAAACCUUGACAGCUGGAACGAAAAUUAUUGCCGCGUUGGAUGCCCAUACGGGUGUGGCGUAUCAUGACUAUAUGGCAAAAUUAACGCAUAUCGCCGUACCGGAUCGGGGUACCGGAGCCAUGGAAAACUGGGGAUUAGUCACCUACGGCGAGCCGGCAGUGUUGUUUGAUCCCGCAGUGAACAGCUAUCGCACCCAUAAACGAGUGAUUACGGUCGUUGCACAUGAGUUGGCUCAUCAGUGGUUCGGUAAUCUGGUCAGUCCAAAGUGGUGGGAAUACAUCUGGCUAAAUGAGGGAUUCGCAACGCUGUACGAGUACUAUGCUACGUCGUUGGUCUAUCCAGAGCUGGAAUACUGGGAGCUAUUCAACGUGGAGGUCAUUCAACGGGCGUUCGGACCAGAUGCCAGCGAGAAUACCCGAGCGAUGAAUACUCCGGCGGCUUCGCAGGACGAGGUUCAUGCCUUGUUCGACAUCAUCGCCUAUCAGAAGGCUGGAAGUGUUCUCAACAUGUUCCGAACCGUACUGGGUGACGAAAACUGGAAGGCAGCCUUGAAUAUAUACGUUGAAGGACACAAACUAAAUAGUACAACCCCAGAUGAUCUGUAUGAAGCUCUUCAAGUAGCCAUUGAAGGUAAGAAUGCCAUUCCGGACUCGUAUAGCAUUAAACAGCUUAUGGAGUCGUGGACGAAUGCAGCUGGAUAUCCAGUUCUGAACGUUCGUCGCAUCUACAAAACCGGAGGAGUUGUGAUUUCUCAGGAACAGUUCCUAGCAGACAAACGACUCCCGAACAGCCACGUUUGGCACAUUCCCUUCAACUACGUUGACCGGAGUCCUCGCAAGGCUGUUGAGGAGCAGAACGGUUUCUAUUGGCUAACCAGCAAAGCAUCGAUGCUUACUACCGGAACUCCAGAAAACCAAUUUAUCAUCUUCAAUCGGGAUCAGUUCGGAUACUACCGAGUUAACUAUGACCAACGGAAUUGGGAACUGAUCAUCGAUACGUUGCUCACUAAUCCGCUAGCUAUUCCCAAAGCCAACCGAGCCCAACUGAUUGACGACGCCUUCAAUUUGGCUCGAGCGGAGUACCUGGAUAUGGCCGUAGCUUUGAAGCUUCUCUCGUAUCUACGCUUGGAAAUGGAGUACGCUCCGUGGGCCGCAGCAAACAACGUUCUAAACUACUUCCACGAUAAACUCCAAGGAACCGCUCACUACGCUGGAUUUGUACGCUUCGUCGACGAAAUCGUCUCGGAAGUCUACAAAACUCUUCAGGUGGACACCGUUACUACCGAGGAAUCUGCCAUUCACAAAUACCUGAAGCAGACGAUCACCAGUUGGGCUUGUCGAGCUGGAAAUCAGGACUGCCUGGACAAAACCUAUGCCGCUUUGAAACGGGAAGUCGAAGAAAAAAUCAUCGUUCAUCCGGAUGUAGCGUCUGCGGUGUACUGCCACGGUCUCCGGGAUGGAUCUUACCUAGAGUUGUCGUACUUGGUCCCAAAGAUGGUUGCAUCGAAGAAUCAAGCCCAACGAACGGAACUGAUUACGGCACUGGGAUGUACGAAGGAUACUCAAAGCAUUGUAGCGCUGCUAACUGCCAUUCAGAUACCGACGGUGACCUAUCUGUCAACGGAGAGGACACAGCUGGUUGACGCCAUUGUGGCGGGAACGGGAUCGGAAGGGAUAGCAAUGCUUGUGCAGUACUUGAUGAACGCCAACAAUGCGAAGAAUUUGUUGAGUGCGAUUGGUGAAGGUUCCUUCCGCACGAUGAUCUUGAAUAUCGCUUCGCGGUCAAAUAACGCAACCGAGCAACAGAUGGUGAGUCAGUUGAUCGCUUCCUUGAAAGACAUCAUCCCGAUGGAAACCGGCCAAGCAGCGCAAGCCAGAAUGAAGGCUAAUGUUGAUUGGUUUACCAGUUUGCAGGGACUGGUGGCGGUUGAAUUCUACGAAAGAUACGGCGAUAAUGAAGUUUAAGCUUCAAGUGGCAAUAAAUC